UAGUUUAUCCUUAUCUAUGUCAGUGGGUUCAAGUUCAAUUUUCCAUUACCAUAAAAAUAUUUUCUGUUUCCAUUUUUUUAUACAAGACUUCAUAUUAAUCUCAUGUAUUGAAACUUAUACUUUUUUUCAGGGCAUUAUAAUAUUAUGUUAAAUCCACGAAUAAAUAGUUUAUAGCUUUAACAUCUAGGUUGAGCUGAACAUUUUAUUAGAAUUUUGGAUAGUGUCAAGUAUCAUUGACUGUGCCGGCAUCAUAAGACAUCGUGAAAUAUUUAAGACAAUAGUAACCAGUUAAAAGAAAUUAGGUUUUGAAUUAUUUUUCCAGAUCAUUUAUCAUGAUUGCUUGGCUGGCGUCGUUUGGCUUUAGGAGUAGCCUAUUGUCAAACAAAAACCACUAACCCUGAUAAGGUGAAACAACCGAGGGAACAACCAAUAGUCAUAGAAUUGAAUCAAAUAGCCGAACAACUGACCCAUAAGCAUUUGUUACAACAAACGUGUACUAUUUCAGUAAAUUGUUCUUGUCAGAUGAUUACAAUAGCACUAGUUGCACUUAAUGAUGCAUCUAAGAAGUACAAAGAUUCACUAAUGAGGUGUAUGGAUUUAUUGGAACCCAAUGAUUUGUUUAAUGACAAAUUAGAAAAUGAUGUUUUGGAGUCUCGAUAUGAUAUUGCAAAUGCAAAAUCAUUUUAUUUAGAUUCUAUUAGUGCUAUGGAUUGUGCGCUACAACUUGGAAGGUCAAACGCACUUAUGUCUUAUACAGUAGCAGCAGACACUGUAUUCAAUAGUAUGUCUGAAAAACUUUACUCCGCUGAAAGAGAGUUUCAGUCUUGUACUGAAGAGAUAAGGAAAUUAGAAGACAAAUUAACUAAAUUAUUGGCAGACUCUGUGAAUAUAUCUAAACAUGAAGAAAAUUGAAUAAACUAAUUAUGAAAC